GGAGGCGUAGGGCAGCUAGAACAGCUAGAACAGCUGGCUGAGUGCUGAGCUGGGCCCUACGCUGACCUGCCUUCUCGUUCUCCUCUCCAUCCUAAGUCCAGAAAAUGAAUGCUUCACCAGCUUCAGGAACUGGUUCACGUUCUGAAGGCAACAAUGCAAGACCUUUUUUCUACGCUCAACCCACAGCACAACCCCCAUUGCCAAAUCCGUGGUACCUAAAUCCUGCCUAUAGUCCUUAUUGUGUGUCAGCAGCAGGAUUCAGAAAUGGAAAUCCAUACAUUCCAUAUUAUUCAGUUGCUCUACAUGAGUACCCUGGCUUUUUCUUGCCACAGGCUCCUGUGCCUACCAGAGUCAACAGAAGACCCUAUUUUCAUUCUCAGUCUUCAUUUCCUAUGUUCCAGCAUGCUGCACAUUUCUGUCAUUACAGCAACCCUUCAAAAAAAACAGAAACCAAAGAGACCCAGACCGAUCCCCCCCAGCUUGAAAACAAAUCCAAAAAGCAGCAAAAUUCAAAAUCUGAUGUUAAUGGUUGCAAUGUAGGUAGCUUAACAGGUAGAGUAAUUAAUGUUGCCUCUGGGAAAAAAGCUGCAGUUUUGUCCUCUUUUGUGCAAGAGAGAGGGGUUCAUAGUAAAAGCCCUUCUAAAAAUACAGCAUACAGAAGCAUCUCUCCAGGAAACUAUGCCCUUGAAAAGGAAGAGGUAAGAAUAGAAUAUGGAGAUGGUUCUCCUGCAAUACAGCUCUGGAAAUCCUUUAAAGAAACCAUCCCUCUUUAUGAUUUGACACAUGGCCAAACAGUACCACAGAAAAUAGUACAAUGUGAUUUAUUUUCAGUGAGCUCCUGUGAAAGAGUGGGGGUUCUAUAUACUCCUCAUAGGGAAGAAAAAAUGCCGACUGUAGACUAUUCAGAAGAAGAUAAACAGUAUCUUGAAGCUGUACAAGGUAAAGAGAUCAAGAUGUCAGGGCCCAGCCUGGAAGGAAAUUUAGAUAAAAAUAAGGAGAGUGUAGCCACUCAAAAAUGUUCAGUACCCCUAGAUACAACAAACCCCUGGCAAUCUGAUGAGCUUAACAGAUCAGGUAAAAAAGUCUCUUUAAUGGCAAGUCCAAGUCUGUCAGUGUUGAGGACACUAAAUAGGUCUACUCAAGAACUGAACCAGCAAGCAAGAUCAGUUUGUUCUAACAGAGAGACCAUUAAUGGCCUAAGUCAAGAGGCCCACAUCCCAAAUAGACACCAUGGACGGACCAAGUUAAGAGAUGGUUUUUGGAGCAAUGAAUCAGACAGGUUUGUAUCUUCUCCCACCUGGCUGGCUCGUUUUGAGAAGAUUGAUGCCAGUCUCCAUUCCUUGCCUCAGAGGAAGAGUCUAAAUGUUAGCUCCACAUACCCAUCUUCUAGAAAUGAAGUGUCUUCCCUGGAUAAUGUGCCCAUGACUGACUUUGUACUUGAGAAGAACACAUAUCUCAAAAGCAGAAAGGGCACUGAACAGGAGGCUGAGAUCCAGGCUGAUCACUGUAAUGAGAAGGGAGCAGUGAUGAUGGUAGGUGAAAUUGAUGGUGUAGUUGUCCAUGAUACUAAAGAGAACCCAAGUGGAAAGAUAAAAGGACCUAUUAAAAGAGGAAGGGAGCAGGAAGCUCUACCUAGCUAUCCCACCUGGAAAACCUGUUUGCUCAAGAAAAAAGAAUGUCUCUCUGAUCCUGAUUCUGAAGACUUGCGGGAAAUAGAAGAUGAAGAUGAUGUUGGUUAUGACAAAAAUUUAAAUGAGGUUGAAUAUAUUUUUGAAGCAGUUGACCCACAGGAAGAUCUGACCCCUUCUAACAGGGGCUUUUACCAAGAGAUUGGUCAAGAGGUAAUCUGGAAGCCACCUCGUACUACCACAUUGUCCCAGCUAAUUGUUUGGCCCGUAAAAAACAAAGUCAAAACAAAAAGUGGUGGCUAUGAAAGUACUGCCUUCCUUCAUAAGCUUAAGAACAAAGACUACUAUGAAACUGCUUGUGGCAAGCUUCUGAAAAAACGAAUGGUGAUCAAGAGAAGAGUUAAAUUGGACAGGCUAAAAAGGAAGAUACUUCGUAAAUGCAAGAAUAUAAGACCUGAAGCAGAAACUGUAGAAGUAUGGACAGUACCAAGAUAUAGCAUACACAGAGGAUAUGGAUCAAAGAAAUCUAGCUACAGAAAAUAACAUGUUCCUGCUAGGGACAACUGAUGACAAGUGCAUGGAACCCACCUACUUUUACUUUGAUUUAAGUUAGAGCUAGCUGUUUAUGUACAAUCAUAAUAGGGAGAAGAUAGUUUUAUAUAAUGCUGCAUAAUCUACUGAACAAAAUCUGACUCUCUGAGAAACCUUCAGAAUAUGAAUCUUCUAUUAACAAAUAAACAGAAAUUGCAUAAA